AUGACAAUGGAAGCAAAUCCCAUUGGUGAUCAAAUGAUUAACAUGACAGAGGAUGAACAAAUUAUGGAAAUUCCAUUAAAUGAUACAAUUUCUAAGGCUACUUCAAAGAAGCGUAAACGCAACAUAUCGACCAAAAUUGACAAGCAUUUAAGUAAAUCAUUGAGUGGUUUGUCGAUUUCUCAAGGAUGUU